AUGGAAUUAGCAACAAUCCCUCAAAAUUCUUCUGCUAUUAGCACAACAGGAACAAAUGGUUCACCUCAACAUAAUCAAGAGAGCGGAAGUAGUGAACAAAAUGAUCAACAAAAGGAGAGAGUUGGAGGAAAAAAGAAGACUAAACGAAGGCCAGUAUCAAGCGAUUCAAAAUUGUGUGAGUCAGCACAGCGCCAAAACCCUUCUAAAAGACGCAGAGAUUCUUUAACAAGUGAAAAAAUGAUGGAAGAACAGGCUUUAAAAUAUGGAGCUUCCCACGUUAUUCAUUUAUUUGUGCCAGUGUCUUUGUGUAUGGCUGUUGUUAUUUUGACAAUGAUGACUGUUGGUUAUUAUUCAAAGGCAGGGGAAUAUCUUCCAUAUACUCCAUUUCAUGGAAAAACAACAGAUGGGGCAGGAGAGAUUUUGCUUCAAUCUUUGGCUAAUGCGGGGAUAUUGCUUGUAGUUAUUAUUGUUAUGACUGUAAUUUUGAUUGUGUUAUAUAAAUCUAAAUGUUAUAAGAUUAUUCAUGCUUGGCUAAUGUUAAGUUCCUUGAUGUUACUCUCCAUGUUUACGUUGUCUUUUAUUGAAGAAUUAUUUCGCAACUACAACAUUCCAAUUGAUUAUAUUACUCUUGGAAUAUUUCUUUGGAACUGGUGUGUUCUUGGCAUGAUUUGUAUUCAUUGGCAAGGACCUUUACUUCUCCAACAGUUUUAUUUGGUUUCUGUGUCUGCAUUAAUGGCUUUAAUGUUUAUUAAACAUUUACCGGAAUGGUCUGUUUGGUCAAUUUUGGCUGUGCUUUCAAUUUGGGAUUUGGUUGCUGUUUUGUGUCCAAAAGGGCCUUUGAGAAUUUUGGUGGAAACUGCGCAGAAGAGAGAUGAACCUAUUUUCCCUGCUUUAAUAUAUUCUUGUAAAUUAUUUUUAAUAUCUGUUUGUGACGGUAAACGGGAAUAA